GCACGCUGUGCUCCUCGCCAAUCCCCUCGAUUCGCUCCUCCUCCAAUCCCCUCCUCCCACCUUCUCUGGUCGUCCUCGCACCAUGCCACACGAAGAGAGGAACGGGUGGCGGCCGGCGGAAGAAGCGCAGCCGCCGCGCGUGUGUCGUCCCGUCGUCGGACCAGCAGGUGGUGGCUAGCGGGAGCAGCGCCGCCGCUGCCGUGCACCGUGUUGUCGCCGGACGAGCAGGUGAUGGCCGGCGGGAGCAGCACAGCCGCCGCCAUCGCUGGGAGGAGCUGCUGCGUCGACUUACCGCCUCGUGCCCCUGAGCUCCGCCUCGAGCUCCAUCUCGAACUUGCGCCCCUGAGAUCUGCCUUGAGCUCCACCUCGACCUUGCGUCGUCAUCCUGCCGGGAGCACAGCUGCUUCCGUCGCUGGUGGUGUGAGCUCAGAGAAAGAACAUGAGGCAUCGUGCUUUGCCUCUUCCGUGCCCAGCUGUGGAGGCCCAAGAUCCACAACCUCCAGCCCUGGGCGUCCUCCUCCCUUACAUGGUCACAGGUCGCAGAGGACGAUGAGAGGCAGCAGAACGGCUUGCUCUCCUACGCCUCUUCAUUCAGAGAUGGAUGGAUUUGGUUAUUUCCCCUGUAGAGAUAGACGAGGGUGCCGAGGCGAGAUGGUUCCAUAUGCACUUUCUUUCACUACAGCUGAUGCCUGGAUUGAUAUUCUUGCAAUCUUACCUGAAGGGACUACACGUGCAUGGGAGAAUCUCAGAAUUAUUUGCUAUGGGGACUCAUCAUGUUUGGUUGUGGGGACUCAUCAUGGUAUCUUGAGGGAAAAGGUUUAGAAAUCCAUUAAAACUGAAUCUUAGGGUUGCUUCAAAGACUAUUUUCACCAGAUCAACAAUUGGCAGAUUUUUAUAACCUCCCCUUGCAAGAUUUUCAAUAUGGUUCUACUGUUUCCACAUGAAGCUUAUUACUUACUGAAAUAUACCGUUUAUUAUGUACAAAGAUUGAUUGACAUCAACUCUGUGAUGUACGGGUAUGCACAACAGCUUACAAGCUUUAUAGGUAUGCACAACAACCUUCAGAUCAAACAUCUCAACUGUACUGUCAAAAUUGGCAUGCCUCCUAUUAUGUUUUUGAAUUGGCUGAUCUGAAAGUAACGACUAAUCCAAGCAUGACCCGAGGAUAGUCUCAUUUAGGACGCAUCCAAGCCGUCUGUUUGCGGUACAACUAAGGUAUUUACAUUGUUGGAUGCAAACUCGGUCAAACGACCAGAAAGCGACUCUAACAAGUAUUUCAGGAAUUACGUUAGAAUUUAACAUAUUUAGAGCUCAAACAACAAUUAUGCUUAAUUUCUUUCCACCUGAAUGAACAAGCAGGGCAUUUUCUACCAACUUAAUAAGAGCUCAGAGAUGAAUAUUAGAUUUUGGCUGAAAUGUUAUUUAUGUGCUAUAGUUGUUUGAGAAGUAAUUCUUUCCUGGUUUUCUAUGCAUUAGAAAAUCAAGAAGUUAAUUCAAGAAUGCCCUAUUUCAAAGAGCCUUGUUUCAGGAGUUGCCUCCUUUGGUUGAGUCUGAAGAGAUUGGUUCAGCUACCGUUGAUCCAGAUCAGCCACCUGCCCUGCCUAAUGAUAAAAGGCAGCUUCUGUUCUUAGUGAGGACAGCUCUGAUGCAUAGGCAUGUGUUGUAAAUAUUUAUGUCCUAUCAUGACUGAAGUUUUAUGUAAAAAAAAUUGUAGGCAUAUGCCGUUGUCAUAUUCAAGCGCACCUUUUCUUUCGGUCUACUAAUAUAAAGCAAGUUUCUACUGCUGACACUAGAAGCAUGUAAUGCUGGAUUAAAGAUAACUCAUGUUUGAUGCUCGUCGGAAUUUUAUCUCGUUUUUCUAGGUUAUAAUCAGAAUGUUCAUGCCUCAAUAAGCAUUUUGUAUCAUGAAGCACUCCAAGAGGUCUCUGUUUUCUUUAUGGAUGUAGUUCUUUGCUAAA